AUGGAACGUCUCCUGUCUUCUCUGAAUGAAAGGCAGUGUGAAUCAGUAACAUUCGACCACACCAAGGCCCUCCAAGUGGUCGCAGGUCCCGGCACCGGGAAAACAAAGGUGCUGACGACGAGGGUGGCGUACCUGCUCUUAGAAAAAGGAAUCAAUCCUGGUGACAUUAUCAUUACUACUUUUACGAAGAAGGCUACGCUUGAAAUGAUCGAGCGGUUGUCGUUCUUGCUCGAGGGUACCAACAUUAAUCCUAGCAGUUUGUGGAUCGGAACUUUCCAUUCGAUAUGUGCGCGUAUUUUGCGGCAGCAUGGCUGGAAAAUCGGGCUUCCGAAGGACUGGCGGACCUUUUCUGACAGCGACACGGAUCCCAUCAUUCAUAAACUUGUGGAGAAGGUUCCCGACCAAAUACGUGAUUAUGCACACAGUUAUACUCGCAAGGCUAACCUGCUACGACCCAACUCAAAAGGCAACUGGGAAGUACAUCCAGCCUCUGUCAAAAAAAUGAUCUCAUGGUUAAAAUCCGAAGGCGUGAUGGCAGACGAGUACCGUGCGAAUAAUGAGCACGAUCCAGCACUUUUGCAUUUCUAUGAAGCUUACCAAUGCGAGCUUCACUCUCAACAUGCGUUGGAUUUUGAUGACCUGCUUCUUCAUGCUUUCAAACUACUGUCCAAAGAGCGAUGUCUUCCUCACAUAAAACAUGUUCUCGUCGAUGAGUUUCAAGAUACUAAUAGCAUACAGCUUAAUCUCAUGUACCUUUUUGCUCGUGGGAACAGCACAACAUCUCAAGGUAUUACCGCGGUUGGCGACCCUGAUCAAAGCAUAUAUGCUUUCAGAAACGCACUAGCCAGUAACUUUGAGGACAUGGCCGCUAAGUGUCCAAUCCCGUGCUCUCGUAUUGUUUUGGUUGAAAACUACCGUUCAUCUCAGAAAAUCCUUACUACUAGUGAGAUGCUCAUCAAACAGCAGCUAAGCGGAAGGGAAGAUAGACUUCCUCUGAAGGCCCAAUUUGAUAGCGACUUUCCUCCAGUCUACAUUGAAUUUCCUGCGAAGUUUCUUGAAGCACGAGCACUAGCGCGGGAAAUUCUUUACCUCCGGUCACUACCCAAACUCUGGAAUUACAACAGUUUUGCCUUGCUUGUACGGCACCGCAGGCAGAUAAGGCCGCUUGAAACCUCUCUUAUAGAGCACCGAAUACCAUAUAAGAUUGUAAAUGGUCGUGCAUUCUGGGAAUUAAAAGAGAUCAAUGGUCUGAUGGAUCUUUUAAAAUGUGUCUACUCCAACUACGAAAAGAAUGCCAUACUACGCGCUCUUCAAUACCCAAAUCGAGGUCUGGGGCCUGCUACCGUAAGAAAAGUUGAAGCAACCUUCGCAGACUAUGAGUCUCCUUUCGUGGCUCUCAAAAACAUUGUCGCGAAUCCUAAUAAUGGUGCUUACGCCUCGAAGGCAUUGAAUGUCAUCACUGAAUUCCUUAGCUUAAUCGAAAGUUGCAGAGAGCUUAUGGCUGAAGCAACUGACCUAUCUGCAAUGACAGAGAUUUUUGAUAAAUUGUAUGAAGGUUCAGGGCUCAAGUUCGAAUAUCUUCACGUUGAUGGGAAGAGGAAAGCUGAAGUGGACCCCAAUGGGGAGCCUAAUCUACUCAAUAAGAGACACAUCAACGUUAAUAUUUUGAGAAAACACCUUGCCAAUUUUAAGCCAUUCGAGGAAGACCUGUCUCAACGACAAGGCCCCGGUGAUGAUGAAGUGGACGUGAAGGAAGAAGACACUGACGUGGAGGGAAAAAUUAAUGCGCACGAUAUCCUUCGAGAGUUUAUUAAUUCUGUCAACCUGUACUCUACGGAGACCGAAGUCGAAGAAUCUCAGAUGUCAGAGAAAGAACGCAGACAGAAAAAGAAGCGCGAGAAAGAUGGUUUUGUCACUAUAUCCACAAUUCAUGGUGCGAAAGGUUUAGAGUGGCCAGUAGUCAUGAUUCCCGGCUGUGUAGAAGGUGUAAUACCUUGCGUAUUUGGAGGGAAAGAUGACGCCGAUGACAGCGAUAGUGCAACUGAUGGGGGUGAAGAAGGGAAUAAUAGGGGCAACAAUGGUACAAGCAGCCCCAAGAAAAACCGCCCCAGAAGAAACGAGGGUACCUUAGAUGAGGAGCGAAGGAUGUUCUUUGUGGCCCAAACGAGAGCUAAGUUUCUACUUUAUCUCACAGCUACAAAUUCAAAUGAUACGGAGUCAAGAUACGAAUCUUCGACUCCGAGUAGGUUUCUGACUACAGAUUUAGUUAACACAAUGUGCGAGGACCAGAAGGUUUUCACUGAUGUUGAAUCGGUACGAAAACUUUAUCACAACUUAAACCAACCUCCUCCUCAAGAAAGUGCAACCUUUUCUCUGGAUGUUUUAGUCAAGGAUUAUGAGCAAUUUGUGAACGCCAGACGAGAGAGGCUUACAUGGAAGGGCCGCGCCGUCUUUGAUGCGUCGAGGCUCAACCUGGGCGAGAACAUAACACCCUCGCCGACUGGAUUUGGAAUUACAACCGCAGCUGCUCAAUUGAGGAACGCCUCAACGAACCAUAUUGAGGGGCGCCAAAAUUCCCCAUAUGGGAUUUCAGGAGUUUCGCAUAAUCAAGGAAACAGAAAUAUGGCGCCUGUUUACAGGCCUUCGCGCAAUAACUCCAAUACUGUGUUAGCUCCCUCACGAACUUUUGCCCCAAAAACCUCACCCACGCAGGUUAAGAACGCUCAAGCUCCCGUGUACGCCCCUAAAGUGGAAGACAGUGCGAAAGUCCUAAGAGAGAAGGCCAAAGCUUCAAGUGAAAGUGCCAACUCAAGUAAGAUAAAAACAGGGCAGCUUUCCCGGAGUGCCAGUUUCGAGUGUAGCAAAAGGAGAACUGGUGGCAGGUCUCGGAGAACAAUAGUUGCGGACUCAAUUAACCUCGGUGCGAUGAAUUAUAACCAUGAUGGUACUGAUGUUGAAACCAAUGAAGGUCAAGUGUUAGUGAAGGGUGAAAUGUCCGCCGGCGAACGCGGAAAUCUGAACAAAACUGCUGGCGAAAUGCUCCAUAAUCCACGCGAUUUAAGAAACGAUAGCAGGCCCAUUCUUACUAAUGCAAAAACAUUGGCUGACUCUGUAAGAUCUCAAACGAGUAAAAGAAGUUCUGCGCCUAGUGAAGUUCCAAAAAAAAAGGUUAAAAGUGAACCUAUGGAUAAGGGAUAUGAUAUUAUGUCAAGGUUAUCACAAGCAAGAAGAAGAGCAGAUAGUGAUAAAGAUACAGUGAUUGUCAUUGAUUGA